AGGAACACUAAAAAUCGAAAAAGAAAAACCUCCCCUAAAGAAAAGCAAUAUCAUACAUAAAUUUUGGAUUUCGCACGUAACACACAGAGAGAGGUUAGAAGAAGAAGAACAAAGCAACAAACGCAAAGAAGGCCUCAAUCCUCGAGAUCCUGUCAGAUCGGAGCGCAACCGCAAGCUAGAUUGUGCGUCAUGGGAAGGGAAGUUACUGGCAUACAGGUUGCGGACAAGAAGCCAAAUGGUGCCAUAGCGGCUUCGAAUGGCAAUUUUAGUGAUAGGGUGCGUGUUUCUCCCAAAAUUGCAGCAAUGGUUCAAGCUAUGGAUCAUGAAAUAAAGGAAUCUGCUGAAACUCAUUCUUUUGUUGAGAAACAUCAUGAGAGGAAAGAUGCUUUGACUGCCAAAAAUGCCAAAUUAAGUGUUGACUUGCCAGAAGAGAAGAAUGAGAAAUCUGAAGUACAGAAGACGGGUGACAAUAAAGAGUUCAGUUCACCCACUGUGGAUAAAGAGCAUCCAAGCCCCUCUGCUCCACAGCCAUCUGAUCAAGUUGCUGAAAAGCAUGUUACCCACACACUGACUGUUGAUACUGAAGCUGUCACAGCUGAUCCGAAUUUGUCACCUAAUGCUAACAAUAUACACUCGCCUAAUUCCUCAAAGAAUUCACAGCCAAAUUCUCCUUUUUCAUCAAGGAAGCUCUUGCAGCAUGAUGAUAAGAAGCACCACGAUGAUGAAGAUAAUUGGUCUGUUGCUUCCUCUAGCGUUGCAUCUGCACGCACUGGCAGAUCUAAGGUAACUGUAGGUUCAGCCCCUACUUUUAGAUGCUCGGGUCGUGCUGAGAAGCGGAGGGAGUUUUAUCUCAAGUUAGAGGAGAAGAAUCGAGCUCUAGAAGAAGAAAAAAACCAGUAUGAGGCAAGGAAAAAGGAAGAGGAAGAAGCAGCCAUUAAACAGUUGAGAAGGAACUUGGUCAUUAAAGCAAAACCAGUACCAAGCUUCUACUACGACGGGCCUCCCCCUAAGGUUGAACUAAAGAAGCAGCUGCCACUGACUCGCCCCAAGUCACCAAAACUAUCCCGGAGAAGGAGCUGCGGUGAUGCAGUUAACUCAUCUGCAGAAAUUUGUACCCGAGCCCGUCACAGUGUUGGCAGUAAUGCUAAGCAGGGAUCUGGUAGCCCCGUGACUAGCAAAAAUAAGGACAUGGUCACUGGACGUAACAACAGCAAUGGCACAUGCAUAAACAAAGAACGACCAAAACUGGAUAAGGAAACAAAGACAGCUCCUCCUAAAAUCACUGAGCAGACAAACGCCGACAUAUCAGUCCAAUCAUGAGCUUACCAAGAUUUUACUGACCUCCAGUUGAGAGGAAAAUAGCCUUCAUUUUCCUUGCUCACACCAGAAGGGAUAUUUGCAGAAGAGAUGGCCUCAUUUUCUUUUCAUCCGGACUGACUUUUUUCUAAGUGUUUUGUUUUUUCACUUGAAGUGUAUAUGUUUUGUAAGUUAUAUCGGCACACCUUAUUUUAUAUAUAAAUAGUUAUUGAUGUAAGAAGAUGUAUGUACGUAAUUUGAUAUUCCUCAGAUUGAUGCGGACUUGGCGAGGGAAAUUUAUAUGAAAUAUAUUCCUUUUUUG